GGCGGCAAAAAUGACAUUACGAAAAAAAAUUUGACGUUUACGUGCAAAUAUAACAAACAUGGCGCCCGUUAAAGCACCGAAAAAAGCGGCAAAAUCAAUGGAGAAAUUAAUCGAGAAACCGAUAAACAAAUCGAAGAAAAUGAAGAAAAAGAACUACCAAAGUUUCUCAAUAUACUUAUACAAAUUACUGAGAACCGUAGCGAAGGAGAACUUGGGUAUUUCGAGGAAAUCCAUGUUGAUUAUGAAUAACUUCGUAAACGAUAUGUUGGAAAAGAUCGCCGAGGAAGCUGGGCGGUUGGUGGCUCAUAGUAAAAAGACUACUAUGAGUAGUAGAGAGAUCCAGGCUGCUGUAAAACUGAUAAUACCUGGAGAACUUGCCACUCAUGCCAAUAUAGAAGCCAUGAAAGCCAUCAGCAUGUACCAUAAAAGCCACGAACGGGACGCCGCGGCCAAAACUUGAAUAUACGGUACAUAAAAUUUGACGGAACAAUUAUGGUAGAUUGUCGACAGUUGUGAAAAGUAAU